CCUGCAUGCCCGCCCGCCCGCCCGUGACGGGAGCAUUUGUUGAGAAGGUGUCGUCGUACAUCGUGUAGAACGAAAGAGCCACCAGUCAACGUGCUAGCAGCCAUAGGCAUUGUUAACAUCAGACCUGAUCGAGCCGUCGGGCAAAAUGCUGCUCGAAACGGAGUCAUUUUUGACGGAAUUAACCCGGAUGUUCCAAAAAUCAAGAGAGGCUGGCUCGCUAGUUAUCACGAUGAAACGGUGGGAUGGCCACGACAAACCUACGCCGCGUAAUAUUGAUAAGAAGCCGCCAAAAACCAAAAAGGUAAAAAAGAAGCUGGAAAAACUGCGAUCCCUGCCAACACCGCCAAAAGAAUACAGGUGUCUUCUCAGAGCGGCCUUGGGCAGCAGGAAAAUUUCGACAGUUGUCAGUCCACAAGAGGCAAUCAAAUUUCAGGCUUCGUAUUCCACAUUGCUCAGAGGAAAUAUCGACGGGUUAAGAAAAAAGGACAAUAAGAAGAAAGCAGCUGCAGCCAACUAAAUGGUCCUGUAGAAUAUCGGUCGAGGAAGCAUCGUGAAUGAAAGCAAUUUAAUCGAAAUGGGUGGGAAGAAACGAUUACGGAUCUGAUAUGAACUUCUCGGAUGUUCUAUUUUUGUGGUUUUGUAGGCUUCUUCCUACUAGCUGUCCGGUCAGCUAUUGUCGCUUAGUUUUUAUUUUUUUUUGUUUUUCCAAUCCCUCUUGUCAUGAGUUUACAAACUUAUUCCUAAUAGAUAUAUUUGUUCACGCAUUAUAAGCGAUAAAACGCACAUAGUCAAGUCGGUUUCAUCAGAACGGCAAAUAUUUCUUAUUCGACCGUAAACAGUUUAGCUUGUCUGUACUUAACUUAGUCGGUAUCACACGUGCCAGAGAUUGCAACAAAACAGUUAACGCAAUAAGGUUUAGCGUUCCAUUAAUAAUUCGUUAAUUGAUUACCCAAUUUCACCAAAAUGCAGCUUAUUUUAUAAUCCUUUUUCACAUUCACCCUAUACACGUAGAAGAGGUGAUGACUUUCGAUGGAGAUAUAUUCUUAUUUUUUAUUUUGAAGUCCAGUCCCAGCGUGACUUCAAAACAGAAGGUGUUUUACUGUCUGGCUAACAGAGGCGUGUUCCAAGUAUAACCAACGACCAGCUAAACGAAGUUAAGCAAAAUUCCACGAACGCAUUUAAAUAGAUCAUACGUGACUGGUCACGACGUUCAUCUUUCUUCCUCAUGCUGUAUCUGUUUGAUGUUUCCUUAAUUUCUUUGCGUCUUUAGGGUCUCUCUUUAAUAAAUUCUUAUGCCGCUGUCGUCGUUAUCGGCGAUAUCGAGGUAUUAAAACGCGUAUAUAUAUGGGGGUACACCGCAAGACUUCCGUCUAUGGAAAAUUGUACAUUUGUACGUAAGUGUGUAUGUAUAUGCAUAAUGAAAAGACUUCACACAUCGCCGUAGAUUCUCGCUAAACAGUCGCCGCUGUUUAGUUGGAACGACGAGGCCUGGCGCGGAGUUUAAAGGGGCAACUGCCCGCCCCCACGGUGAAUGCAAAGUGCACUGUACAUAUAAUUAACUUCAAAGGGAUUUAAGUGAAUA